CCAUCGAGACGUAUCUUUUGCGAGGUAUAAAGGCUGCGGAAAUCGCAAGAUUGUUUGGUGUUUCGGAGAUGACAAUACGUCGUCGAAUGCGUGAAUAUGGAAAAAGAGUAUCUGACCUAUACACAGACAUAUCAAAUGAUGAUCUGGACAGAACUGUAGCAGAAAUCCAGAACCUCUACCCCAACUCUGGCUACCGUAUGAUGCAUGGUCACUUGAGCUCAAGAGGUGUUAAAGUACAAGUUGAAAGAGUGCGCAAGUCCCUGCGGAGAGUGGAUCCACAGGGAACACAGCUACGAGCCUUGUCGCUACGCACAAUAAGGCGUCGACAGUAUUCCGUUCCAGCACCUAAUGCCAUGUGGCAUAUAGAUGGGAACCACAAACUAAUUAGGUGGAGGAUAGUGGUCCAUGGAGGCAUAGAUGGCUUCAGCAGGAUGAUUGUGUACCUAAAAGCUGCUAUGAAAAACAGUGCUUCUGUUGUGCUGCACAGUUUCAUAGAAGCUGUAAAUCGCUUUGGAUUACCCUCCAGAGUGCGAUCUGAUAAGGGCCGGGAGAAUGUUGAUGUGGCCUACUUCAUGGUGUCCAAUCGAGGGGAAAACCGACACUCCCACAUCACAGGGCGCAGUGUCCAUAACCAAAGGAUCGAGAGACUGUGGAGGGACGUUUACCAGCAAGUUUUGGACCUUUUCUCCUGUCUCUUCCUUGAUCUGGAGGCAGAUGGCACAUUAAAUCCUGACAAUGAGGUGCAUCUUUUUGCUCUGCAUUGGACCUAUCUGCCACAGCUGCAAAGGCAUCUCGGAUUUUUCCAGGACGCAUGGAAUCAUCAUAAAAUCAGAACAGCAGGCAACCAGUCUCCAUUGCAACUCUGGACACGGUUCCAAGAUAUUCAAGAUCCAUACCAGGUGGAUGACGACUAUGGUGUGGAUUGGGAAGGACCACACUCCUCUGAGGAAGAGGGUGUGAAUAUCCCCGAGGUUCAACUACCACGAGAACUUACCAUUGAGGAAAUUGCAACCUUGCCUCAUCCUGACGUUCCAUUUUUAAGUGCGGUUCAAAUUUAUUAUGAUACUGUCAGUGUGAUAAACCAGUUAAUGUCAUAAUCACUAAAACUUAUACCUCUUAUAAGAACUUCAAGUUCAACUCUUGAGAUUCUUGAAUAUAAUUUGUUUAUUGAUGUACAAAUA